CCCUCCUCGCCCCUUCGCCAUGCAGAGCCCCCCCUGAGCCCCACAGCCCCGGGGACCCGCUGUCCCCAGGGUGCCCAGCAUCCCUCAUCCUCCCCCCGGGGUCUUCAGCGUCUGCUCCCUUCCUCCUCCUCCUCCUCCUCCUCCUCUUCUUCCUCCUGCAGCCACCACCCUCCCUCCUUCCCCAGGGCCUGGCUGGCAUGGAGGUGCUGGCCGCGGGGAGCCGGAUGCUUCCAGCCAUUCCUGCCUCCCUCCCGGGCUGCAUCCCUCCCGAACGACAUCCCUCUUUCCCGACAAAGCCCUGAGCCUCCUCCUUUGUGCGGGUGUUGGGGUGUGCGUGGUCCAGCCCCCAUCCCGUAUCCCCCCGGCUCGCUCGGUGCUGGAAGCAGGAGAGAUGCUGCCAUCAGAGGAGCCAAGCGCGGGAGCUCGGCGCCCAGCACCAGCGCCUGCCACCGCCCGAUGCUGACAUACCCCAGAACCUCCGGACCCCACUUCCACCUCAGGCCUCCCACCCCACCAUGCCCCAGCAGAUCCACAGCCCCACCACGGGGGGCUCUUCCCCCCACCCCGUGUGUCCCGGGUCCAUCCAUCCCUUGCCAUGAGCGGGGUUCCCGGUGCCGGGGUGCGUAGCUGAGGGAUGGCCUCGCUGGACCUGCCCUACCGGUGCCCGCGGUGUGGAGAGCACAAGCGGUUCCGCAGCCUCUCCUCGCUGCGGGCGCACCUGGAGUACAACCACACCUACGAGACCCUCUACGUCCUCUCCAAGACCAACAGCAUCUGCGAUGCCGCCGUCUUCCCCUUGGCCGCCGAUGGGGCUCUGCUGACGCCGGCCGCACGCAGGGACUACUUUGAGAGCACCUCCUUCCAAGGCAAGGACCAGCGCUUCUCCUGCGACCUGGUCCCUGCCGAGGAGCUGGAGCCGGCCCCGUCCUCCUCCCCAUCGCCACGUUAUGUCCAUGAGAUUGAGAUCCCGCUGACCGAGAUCUUCACCCGGAGCAAAGCCGUGGCGCCGGCCCCGACGCCGCCGGCUGCUAUGGACAGUGCCUAUGAAGAAGGCUUGGCCCGCCUGAAGAUCCGCGCCUUUGAGAAGCUGGAGGUGGACAAGCGGCUGGAGAAGCUGACGGAGGAGGUAGAGCAGAAGAUCGCUUCCCAAGUGGGACGGCUCCAGGUGGAGCUGGACCGCAAGAGCUCGGAGCUGGAGAAGGCCAAGCAGGAGAGCCUGAGGCUCAGCCGGGAGAAGCAGGAGCUGGAGGACCGGGCGUCUGAACUGUCCCGUCAAGUGGAUGUCAGUGUGGAGAUGUUGGCCUCCCUCAAGCAGGACCUGGUGCAGAAGGAGCAGGAGCUCACCCGCAAGCAACAGGAGGUGCUGCAGAUCGACCAGUUCCUGAAGGAGACAGCCGCCCGCGAAGCCAACGCCAAGGUGCGGCUGCAGCACUUCAUCGAGGAGCUGCUGGACCGCGCGGACCGCGCCGAGAAGCAGCUCCAGAUCAUCAGCAGCAGCUGCGGCACCACCCCGAACGGCAGCCUGGGGCGCUGCGGCACGCCGGGCACCAAGGCCUCCGGCCGGCCGGUACCUCCGCGGGCACAGAGAGACCGGCACCCAGGGCCUGGGGUGGCCGUGCAUGGUCCUUAUGGUGUGUCCAACCAGCGCUCCUCCUCCAGCACCGGAGCCUCAAGCCGGGCGAAAGCCGUAUCACAGAGCUCAGGCUGCUACGACAGCGACAGCGCAGAGCCGUGUCCCACGGAUGACACCACCGAUGGACACCCCUACCCGAGCCGGGACGGCGGCCGGGGCUCGGGGCUGCGCCGACAGGCCAUCCAGAACUGGCACCGCCGGCCCUACCGCAACAGCACCGAGGGCGAGGAGGGCGACGUGUCCGACGUGGGCUCCCGCACCACCGAGUCCGAGGCCGAAGGAUGGGAGCCAGAGGCGCCCGGAUCCGCCGCAUCCCGACCCACCGGCAGCUGCCGGCUCACGGUGGCCACUGAUGGAUGUCCCGCAGCCAGGACCGAGGGGGCCGGGGGCAAGGUGGUUCGGCUGGAGAGGGGCAGCCCAGGGCACUCCAGUGAGGUGAUCAGCCCCGAGAUCCUCAAGAUGCGGGCGGCUCUCUUCUGCAUCUUCACCUACCUGGACACCAAGACCCUGCUGCGGGCAGCCGAGGUGUGCAAGGACUGGAAGUUCGUGGCCCGGCACCCGGCCGUGUGGACACGGGUGCUGCUGGAGAACGCCAGGGUGUCCUCCAAGUUCCUGGCCAUGCUGUCCCAGUGGUGCACCCAGAUGCAUUCCCUCACCCUCCAAAACCUCAAGCCACGCCAGCGAGGGAAGAAGGAGAGCAAGGAGGACUACAUGAAGAGCACACGGGGCUGCCUGGAGGCCGGGCUGGAGUCCCUGCUGAAGGCGACGGGCAGCAACCUGCUCAUCCUCCGCAUCUCGCACUGCCCCAACGUGCUGACGGACCGGUCGCUCUGGCUGGCGAGCUGCUACUGCCGGGCCCUGCAGGCGGUCACCUACCGGAGCUCUACGGACCCUGUGGGUCACGAAGUCAUCUGGGCCCUUGGAGCAGGUUGCAGGGACAUCAUCUCCCUCCAGGUCGCACCUCUGCAUCCAUGCCAGCAGCCGACGCGAUUCAGCAACCGCUGCCUCCAGAUGAUCGGCCGGUGCUGGCCCCACCUGCGGGCGCUGGGCGUUGGAGGAGCAGGAUGCGGCGUCCAGGGACUGGCCUCCUUAGCCCGAAACUGCAUGCGGCUUCAGGUCCUGGAGCUGGACCACGUGGCGGAGAUCAACCAGGAGGUUGCAGCAGAGGUGUGUCGAGAGGGGCUGAAGGGGCUGGAGAUGCUGGUGCUGACCUCCACGCCGGUCACCCCCAAAGCCCUGCUGCACUUCAACAGUGUAUGUCGGAACCUGAAGUCCAUCGUCGUGCAGGUGGGCAUCGUGGACUACUUCAAGGAGCCCCAUAGCCCUGAAGCCAAGAAGAUGUUUGAAGAAAUGGUGAACAAACUCCAGGCCCUGAGGAAGAGACCUGGCUUCUCCAAGAUCUUACACAUCAAGGUGGAAGGAGGCUGUUAAGUCCUUCAGGGAACCACAAAGCACAUUCCCAGAGGCUCUGUGAAACCAAACCCACCGUCGCUGCUCAUCCGUUGCUGGACCUGGAGCACGGAGACACCGGCUCAUGCACAAAGAAACCCUGAACCCUUGCAGGCCUCAGUGAUGGGCAACCAGAGCCUGUCCCCAAGGCCAGCUCAUGGGCGAGAAGGUGCUACUUAAGGACAUUUUUGGCUGCCCAAAGAGGCAGGGCUUGUUCCUGGGAGGGAAGAUGACUUCAAACCUCCCCUUGCGGCUGCUCAUUGCCAAGGAUCCUUGUUUGGGGAAUGUCUUUCUCUUCAAUCUCUGUUUCUGGGGGGGUUUUGGUUGGUUGAUGGUGUGGGAGCUGAGGAUGGAUCUGCCAAGACCCCACCAUUGUCAGCAUCACGGCUGGACCAUCCUUCUCCUCUCUGUGGGAUGAUGGAGGUAGGGUGGGAAGGGGCUGCUCCUCCAGAGGAAACGGUGCCCGGCAUUCCUGCAGGAUUCCCACUCGUUUCCAUUCCAUCUGUGUAACGGGGGGACACCCAAACCUGGGGUAACACUGCUCAGAAGCCAGCAGCCACCACAGCACAAGCCCAGGUGGCAGAGCAGCAUCUCGGGGCUGUAGGAGCCAGAGGACACCAGGGAGAUGAUGGUCGCUCUUCCAGAGGGCUCCAGCCUCACCUCCUGCCCACCCAAACCCUCCUGCCAAGGCAAUAAAACCAUCUCCAAAGUCCUCAUCCACCAGGAAACACGGGUCAUGCUUCUGUCCCCAUCAACAUCCACCAGAGCUCCGAGUCCCACUGGAGCACGUUGUCCCAUGUGGAGGUUGGGACUGGAAUGGGACACACACAUUUGCCAUCUCAUCGCCUUCCUGAGCAGCCUGAAGGAGAACCCCUGGCCAAACUGUCCUGACAUCCAAAGCUACCGGUGAAAGCACCAACCCAACUGCCCUGUAGAUCCUUUACCUACGACCACAGCUGGUUUCUACUCCUUCUUUGUUUCUCCUGGCUCUUUUCCGCCUGUGAGGACAUUGUCACCCCCAAAAUACCCUCUUACUCCAAAGGAAACGGCUUUGGGAAGGCAUCCAGCAGGGUCAGGCAUCUCCAUACUCCACCCUGAAGGUGCCAGGAGGUGUCCAUGCCAUGGGGACACCCAUCACAGCACUGCCAGCAGCAGGGACACACCAUGGCCCUGCCACCCCAAGCCCCAACCAGGCGCACUUGGACCCAACGUGCUGAGCUGAGAGAGGCCAACAGAGAAAAGCAGAUUUGGGGGUUGUCCUCUUCUUUGGACCAUCAUUGAAGCUUUUGGUGCCUGUUGGUCAGUGCAGAUGUGAGGAGACAGCCCUUCGCAAGGCAUCUUCUUGGAGGUGAUGGGCUGCCAUGGAGCAUCCCCCGGGAGGAUGAAGGCUGUGGACCCAUCCUGGUACCACCUUCCUCAUCUACAGCAUGAGAGCUGCAGACCUCAGCAUGUGACAGCCCAUGGGGGGACCCUGACAGAAACCAAAAUGGAUUCCAAAUGAAGCUGGUGGUGGGCUGGAGGUCUCCAACCCCUCAGGUUGAGACCAUUCUCGCUUCAGGAGACCAUUUCAUCCAGCCAUCGUCCCGUCUAUGCUGUCUCCUCUGAAACAGGGUAAGGUUCUUUGGCCAUAACCCCCUAUUUGAAGCCUCCCCCAUUCCCCCCCUGACUGCAGCUUUCCAGGAGAAGGCUGUUCCCUGUAGGGACAAAAUGUGGGAGCCCCAAAAAAAAGCCUGUGAGGAACCACCAUGUCCCACCAUAUGGGACACCAAUGGGCAGCACUGGCCGAGCUCCUCAAGGUGCCCACCACCACUUUACCUCCACCCCAGGAGGCUGGAACAUGCAUAAUCCAGGGGCAAGAAGAGCAAGAGAUGCCCCAACCAGCAAAAAAGAACCAUCCAGCAAAGCUACGACCAUCUGGGGACCAUCCAUCCCUCAUUCCACCAGCGUGGUCCCAAGUGGACAAUGUUCCCAUUGGAAACAGCGCAGAGACUUGUGAAAUUCCCUUAAAAAAAUAGGCAAAACCACAAAGUAUUUAUUUCUAUACAGAAAAGAAGGAAAAGCAAAGAGUUUAAAGGCAAAUUCUAUCCUCAAGCAUGUUUAUACCCUCUAUGCUUAAAGACUAUCGUGUUGGAGAGUCAUGGUUGAAGACCGAAGGUGGUUGCUCCAGGUUUGCGGUGUUCCCAGCUCCUCACCCGGCUCCUCCAGGCCAUGGGAAGGGGAGGAUGUGGAUGAUGGAAAGCAGGGGGAGAUGUUGAGGACUCUUGGAGAAACCUUCUGUGCUCACCAGUGAGGCUGGUGCCACUGGUGGCCAUGGCUGGUGGUGGUUGGAGCGUUGGGUGCAUGUGGGAUGUCCCUGUCCCAUCGCUGCCAUGAGGGUUUUGUGAGGUGCAGCAGGACAACCUCGCCCAAAAUUGGUGCUUUGGGGUGACCAGACCAAACCAUCCACCUCUCCUUGGGGUGGUAUUCCCAAAAAAUCCAACUUCUGGCUUAGCAAAGCCACGUUUUUACCAAAAUCUGUGACGACACAAGAUCUUGAGGAGGCUCAAGGCUUAGAAGAUGGAAAGUUGGGGUUUCUGCCCCAUUUUGCACCUUUUGCAUUGUUUAGCACCUGGGUCGGGGCAAUCCCAGGCAGAGCGACAGGUUGGGUGGAGAAGGGAUUGAGAGCAGUCUGAGGAGAAGGACUUGGGGGUGUUGGGUGAUGAGAAACUGAACAUGAGCCGCCACGUGUGCAGUUCUGGUGUCCUCAACGUAAGAACAUGGAGUGCAGGAGCGAGGCCAGAGGAGGCCCCGGAGCUGCUGCGAGGGCUGGAGCAGCUCUGCUCUGGAGCCAGGCUGAGAGAGCUGGGCUGGGGCAGCCUGGAGAAGAGAAGGCUCCUGAAGGGGACACCUUAGAGCAGCUCCAGUGCCUAAAGGGGCUCCAGGAAACCUGGAGAGGGGCUUUGGACAAGGGCCUGUAGGGACAGGCCAAGGGGAAUGGCUUUAACCUGCCAGAGGGGAGAUUGAGAUGAGCUCUGAGGCAGAAGCUCUUCCCUGUGCGGGUGCUGAGGCGCUGGCACAGGGUGCCCAGAGGAGCUGUGGCUGCCCCAUCCCUGGCAGUGUUCAAGGCCAGGUUGGACACAGGGGCUUGGAGCAACCUGCUCUAGUGGAAGGUGUCCCUGUCCGUGGCAGGGGUUGGAGCUGGAGGAGCUUUAAGGUCCCUUCAAUCCAAACCAUUUCAUGAUUCAAUGGAUGGAUUCUAUGGAUUCUAACCAUUCUGGGCUUGGAUGGGUCCCUUCCUCCUCCUCAGCUGGGAUGAAGGGGGCUGGCACAGUGGCACAGGCUUGGUGGUAACCAGAGCCCUGCACCUCUCCUGGUAGCUCCUCAUUAGGCACGUUGUUAAUGGCAACGAGUUCGUUAAUGGCUCCGUGUUUCCUGCACUGAAAUGUCAGAUUGAUCCUUUCCCUGCUGCUUUCCCUCCUCCAUCCCUACGGGAUGCUCCGGCAACUCUGCCCACGGAUUCCCCACAUCCAUCGUGGGGUUUCAACCCUAUUCCCUCUGGAUACAAUGGAGAAAUUACCAAAUCCCCUGGGAAUGCCUUGAAAUCACAGGUGCUGGGAGGGAAGGGACUGCAGCAGCAUGAGCUCAACCCUAUACUAGACCCUAGAGAAGCCCCUGAGUGCCUCUGCAAUGACAAUCCCCAGCAAAAGCCAGCGCAAGGCCAUCCAACAUGGGCUGAGCAUCAGUGGUGAGAAGCUUUAGGUCGGGGUCAUGGUGAUGGCCACAUCUGGAGGAGCUUGGAUGGAUGGUGCUGCUGGUGUCUGCCAGCCCCGAUUCCCACAGGAACAGGCUUUGGGGAGUUUUAUUCCUUUUCCAGUGAGUUUAUCCCAAAUUUCCCCAGUUGGGGCAUAACCCUUCACUUAAAUUUAGGUGCUGGUCAGGGAUCUCAAGACCACCACCAGCAAAGCCAGCUUGGAGGUCAAAUUUAUCCCAAAUCCACGUUUUCUCACUGGGGUGAUCCCCCAGGAGCUGAGGAUGCUCCAGGGACCAGUUGCCUUCAUCUCUUUAUGGGACCAGGGGUGGAAGGUCUUGAGGUAAAGGGGCAUUUCCACGCUGGCUCUGCCCAAGGAGGUUUUAAACCUCUUUAUCAAGCAAAGAUGGCAGGAAAAACAUCCCAUGUCUUGCCAUGUGGGAUGGUCCCAGCUGCCAUCCAAGGAACAGCCAUGGACAGUGGGUUUGGAUCCUCCAAAAUGUGGUUAAAUCAGCCCAAAACCCCCCCGAGAGGUGUUGCUAAAGGCUCUUGAAGUGGUUGAUGGAUGUUUCCUGGUGGCUCUUAGAGGAGCUUCCACCUCAGGAGCUGGUUCCUCAUGGAAGCUGUGGCUGCCCCAUCCCUGGCAGUGUUCAAGGCCAGGUUGGACACAGGGGCUUGGAGCAACCUGCUCUAGUGGAAGGUGUCCCUGCCCAUGGCAGGGGUUGGAGCUGGAGGAGCUUUAAGGUCCCUUCCAACCCAAACCAUGGUUCCAUGAUUUGGGGUUGAAAACCUGCAGGUUGGGAUGGAAUAAAAGCAUUUGGGAGGAGUAAAAGGAUUUGGGAAUCGGUGCCAAAUCACAAAAUGCUUUAAAAUACUAAAAUCCAAGAGAAAACUAUCGUGGAAUGGGGAGAUUUUAGCAAAUGGAGAUGGUUUGUUGCAACCAAAGCAUCACGAAUGGUGCUGAUGCACAACAUUCCCCACCAUGGGAGGCAAAAUAAGCCCUGGGGUGGGUGGAACGAUCCCUCCUGCCCAAGGAGAAGCUGUUGCACACCCUCCCUGGGAUGAUAGAGGAGGGAAAACUGCCCAACAGCAGGAAAACUGGGAUUGUCUGAUCCAGCCUCAGGAUCGAGCCCCGUGGAGGGGUGGGAUGAGGCAGUUGGGGCCGGGGCCAAGCGGGUGCAAUGGUGUUGGGAUGGCUUUUGGCUUCUCUUGCUUAGAGAUAAUCAGAGGAUGGAGAGAAAUAUAUAUAUAUAAAAAAUAUAUAUAUAUGAAAUCCAGGAAUCACAAUCAAAUCCCUAAAGCACCUCACGGCAGCGGCUGCUCCGGUGGUUUUCCAGCAUUCCCAAAGGCAGCAGUUGCCUCCUGAGUUGGUAUUUUUUUAACUCUAUCCAAAUCGAGGUCUAUUUUCAGUCUUUUUUGCAGCCAUGUGCCAGUGUCUGGAGAACCAAACGUCGCUUUUCCCCAUCCCCUGCUCCUGCUAGACAGGGUCCUGGCUGCUAAAUCCACUGGGAAGAGCGGUGGGGACAAGGGGAUGUGGGGACAAGGGACAAGGUGGUGGUGGUGGUGGCAGGAGACCGUGUCUUUAGCACUUUGGUUGGUACUAUCACCUGUAGAUGCACUUUGAUGUUGUUGCUUUGACAUUUGCCGAGUGUAAACCAUGUGUAUUUAAAGAAUUCCAGGAAAAUCCCAGAAUUAACCCUCUUCCCAAGGUGUGUAAAGAGCUAUUUUAUGAUUCGGUGUUGAAUAAAGAACUCUGGAGAUUGA